UCUGUCUGUCUAGCCUGUUUUUAAUUGUUUCAGGAUUGUUAUCGGCCUUUAAUGAUUUGACUGAAUAUGCUACAUAUCUCAUGAAUUCAACGCGGAACCCAUAGACUUACAAAAUCGAUGGGAAAGGCUCUGAAAAAGUCAACCAUCCAUUCGUUCAUCAGUUCAGUGAGCUACAAAUUGGAUUCUGAUUAGAGACCGACUCACAUCCAAACUCCAGGUCCGAAGGGAAGCGCUCCCCCUUCCUACUUUCCCCGGGCCCUCCUGCAGUACAGGGGGGCCCAUUGAUCCGCGUCUGCGUGUCUCCGGCGCUCAGCCUGCAGCGCUCGAUCCAUCCCACACACCACAGCACGAGCAGCAGGACCGGGGAAGCCCUUCUUUGGAGCGGGGAGCGUUUUCCAACCAAUAUGUAUCCUAGAUAUAUAAUUAAAGAACACUCAUGAACAUGUCAUCGAGAAGUGGAAACAUGGAGUUGACGUUCGUAACUAUCGCGUUUGCACUUUUGGCCAUGAACGGUCGCGUAUUUAGCAACGGCCAUUCGUUUAUCCCGCCGUUCACCGACUGCGUCCAAAGCCGCGGUGGGAAAGAGGGAUCCUACCAAGGGGCGAUAGAUGUCACCGAGUCCGGUUCUCGGUGCAUGAACUGGAGCCAAGUGGCGGGUUUUAAGGAUCGGUACCAGGGUAAAGGGGUCGGGGAUCACAACCACUGCCGGAACCCCGACGGUCGGAUCCGACCAUGGUGCUUUUUCAACAACACCAGGGGCAGAGUGGACUGGGGCUAUUGCGACUGUAAACAAGGAUCAGUGCGUCUGCUGGGGGGACGCUCCAAGUUGGACGGCCGGGUGGAGGUCUACCUGCGGGGGAUCUGGGGGUCCAUUUGCAGCCAGGACUGGGCUGAUGAAGACGCUGCCGUGGUCUGCCGACAGCUGGGCAAGGGGUUCACAGGUCAGGCGCGGACCACAGGCCUCUCUCUUUUGGGCGUGGCCAGACUCCACUGGGGGGCAGUCCACUGCCAGGGGGCGGAGCCAGACCUGCUGCAGUGCCCCAGGACCCCCUGGAACGGAGGGGAGUGUCCCAUGGCCGCGGCCGUCACCUGCAGCCAACAACAAGUGGUGGUCCCGGUGCGACUGGUGGGGGGUGUCUCUGGGUCGGAGGGCAGGGUGGAGGUCUUCCACGGGGGCCAGUGGGGGUCCGUGUGUGACGACCAGUGGGACGACAGCGACGCAGAGGUGGUCUGCCGACAGCUUGGGCUGAGUGGCAUCCCCAGGGCCUGGGGCCAGGCACGUUUCGGCGAGGGUUCGGGUCGCAUGUGGCUGGAUGAAGUGCGCUGUACUGGGAAUGAGCUGUCUCUGGAGCAGUGCCCCAAAGCAUCCUGGGGCGACCAUGACUGUCUGCAUUCAGAAGACGCCGGCGUUUCCUGUCACACGCUCCCAGAUGGUACAGUUAGGCUAGCUGGGGGAACAGAGAGCCACGAGGGGCGUUUGGAGAUCUUCUACCGCGGCCAAUGGGGAACAGUGUGCGAUGAUGGCUGGACAGACUCUAACACACUGGUGGUGUGUCGACAGCUAGGCUACAGGUCCGGUACGAGGGUGGUCUCUGAGGAGGAGGGGGAGGAGACCCCGGGAACCCGGUUCGGCUGGGGUUCAGGACCCAUCCUGCUGGACGAUGUGAGCUGCACGGGGAAGGAGCCCGGCCUGGAGCUGUGCCAGAGGAGGGAGUGGACCCUCCAUGACUGUACCCACUACGAGGACGUCAGCGUGGCCUGCGGCCCGCAGCGGCCCGGACCGCAGAGCCCCGGGACGCAGCGCCCCGGACCGGACCCACAUACAAGCGUGGCUGUGAGACUGGUUGGGGGCGAGACCCCCAGGGAGGGCAGAGUUGAGGUCUUCAUGUCGGGUGCAUGGGGGACGGUGUGUGACGACGGAUGGACGGACCGCGGGGCCGCGGUGGUGUGUCGCCAGCUGGGAUUCAGCGGGGAGGCGAAGGCGCGCGUUAUGGCAUAUUUCGGUGAGGGAAGCGGUCCGAUUCACGUGGACAACGUUAAGUGUAGCGGCGAGGAGCGUUCGCUGGCCGACUGCGUCAAGCGUGCUCCCGGCACGCACAACUGCCGCCACAGCGAGGACGCCGGGGUCAUCUGCGACUACGGCCAAUCACAGCUCAGCUCCAAAGAGGUCAAAGCUGCCCCUGACGCGGUCUGCGGCCUGCGUCUGGUCCACUCCCGCCAGCGCCGUGUCAUCGGAGGAGAGAACUCUCUGAGGGGGGGCUGGCCGUGGCAGGCUGCGGUGCGUCUGCGGGGGUCCAGGGGCGACGGGAGGCUGGUCUGCGGAGCCACGCUCAUCCACACCUGCUGGGUGCUCACCUCCGCUCACUGCUUCAAGAGGUACGGCAACAGCACCCGUCAGUACAAGGUGCGGCUGGGCGACUACCACGCCCUGGUCCCGGAGGAGCACGAGGAGGAGUACGGCGUGGAGCUCAUCGUCCUGCACCCCGCCUACCGUCCCCAUAGCAACGACCACGACCUGGCCCUGGUGCGGCUGGCGCCGGGCGCUCCGGGCCAGCAGCCUGGGGAGUGCGCGCCACUGGGACGCCACGUGCGGCCCGCCUGCCUCCCCCACGCCAAGGAGAGGGUGCUGAAGAGCGCCUCCAACUGCUACAUCACCGGCUGGGGGGACACGGGUCGCUCUUACUCCAAGACACUUCAGCAGGCAUCCGUCUCCCUGUUGCCGCGGCGACGAUGCCAGGAGCGUUUCCACGAGGCCUUCGCCGCCGGCCGCAUGCUCUGCGCCGGAAGCGAGCGCUCCGACCGGCGUGUGGACAGUUGCCGUGGUGACAGCGGGGGCCCCCUGGUGUGUGAGCGGCGCGGCGGCGGUGGCUGGGCGCUGUACGGCGUGACCUCCUGGGGGCAUGCGUGCCGCGCUCAGGCAUCCCCCGGCGUCUACACCAAGGUCUCCGCCUUCACCUCCUGGAUACACAAGGUGAUCGGCCGCUACGGCGGGAAGAAGAAGAAGAAGCUGUGAGCGGCUGAUUGGACCUGGCAGACACAACCCACUGGGGGAGGGGGGGAGUGAAGAUUUUGGACGGGAUGAGCUGCCCAGGACAAACCCAUAGGGGAUUGGAUUGAAUGGAACCAGAGGCGGGACAAUCCCAUUGGGAGUGUGGAUUGGACGAUGAGGCCUGCUCUAUAGAAAGGCGGUGGAGGAACUGAAUAGCGACGCUGUCAUUCAGGAUGCGAUCCAUGAAAAGGGAUAUUUGGAUACCGCAGUAACUGGUAGAAAUCAGUUUUCCGCCAUCUUUGCUAUCAACGGUCUGAAAAGCCUGGUUCCCGCUGUAACGGGUAAAGACUGGAUGGAAAGACUCAAGGAGUUCCAAAAAAACCCUUCUCAGCAUUAAUCUUAAAUGGUUUAAGUUAUUAGCACUUAUUUAAUGUUCUUAUAUUAUAUUGUUGUUUUGUUCCAACUUUUAUAAAUGCAUUACAAACCACAAAUUAAAUAUUUGUUUAAUGUAAUCUACAUGUCAUUUUUAGUCUCUAUCAUAUGCUAUCAUGUAACACCAUACAUGUUUUCAAUUAGGAUUUAAUUCAUGGUCCGGAAAGGGACCACUAGUAUUUGUAAUUACCGGUAUGUAUGAGGAAGUACGUUAAAGCAUGCACAUCCAGCCUCUGAUUUAUUUAUAUAUUUAUUGCACAAUAAAAAAAACAUGAAUGACAGGAAAACUAUUCAAGCUGACGCUUAAGCGAAUUAACAGGUUCCUCUUUAAAAUAUUCAACACAUUGGUAUGAGUCCACUUUAAAGCAACCAUGUAAAGAGAUUGCACUGAUACCCACAUUUACUUAAUGCGUUAUAUUCGAUGCUGUUGUGGUUAGUAUUAUAGUCAUUAUUACAUUUCCAAAGAUCAGUGAUACUUAAACUUGUAUUCAGUGUAAAUUGUGUAUCUUUAUUUGGUUUUGACUUGAAAAAAGUAGUCCAGUAGCCAAUUUUUCGUUUUUGUUUGUCAUAUGAAAAGGGUUUGUUCGCUUCGUAAAGUUGUAGGCCUGAGAAGUCGACAAAACCAAAGUACUGUAUGACAAUGCAAACAUUUGAACGUUCUACCUUAUGAUUCCUUUGAAGUUGGGUUCUGUUUUCAUGGUUUAAACAUAACAAUUGACUUCAAUACUCUUCUUUAUCUUUCAAAGUGGUGCUCUGAUGUUAGGCUUAUGUGUGAUAUCUGGAUCAAAUGUCAAUAAAGUCUUGCAUUUCUUAUUCGA